AUGUACCAGACAGCAAACCGACUGACCGACCCAGCGGACAACGCGCUAACAGCCUUCCCCACUCCGGGAGACCCGCGACGACGGCCCCUGGUGCAGUUCGACUGGGACGGGUCAGAGAACGUCGACGAGAAACAGGCAGCCAGGUCGAGGAGGAGGAAGGGAGCGGCCGCAAGCCGUGGGUACCGCGGGAUAUCGGAGGGAGUUGCUCGGGAGGGAGGCGGUGCCGGCGGUGGCGGUGCCGGCGCCGGCGGUGUGCCUGGAGUGAUCACGCUCAACCCUAAGAUGCACUGGAUGCCCGACAGGAUGUGCAGGGUCUGCUACGGGUGCAACAGCCCCUUCACGAUGUUCAGGCGCCGUCACCACUGCCGAGUGUGCGGACAGAUCUUCUGCCACACGUGCAGCUCUAACCACGUGGACGCUCGGGCACUCGGCAUUAAUGCAUCCGUCCGCAUGUGCAACCCAUGUGCCGAGCAGCUGCCGGACUCGAGGGUGCGGAGAAUCGAAGCUGGACCGUUACCAGACCGAGAAGCUAAGGACACAGCGGGCAACCCGCGGCGGGCAUCAUCAAAGCGCCGAAGAAGCCCACUGGACAACAGGGCCACAGGCGGCGUAUCUCCUGUGGGCGCCUCCAGCGGUGGGCAGUCGAAGCGGGAGCGCGGCACCCUGUCUUCCUACUCCCGAGCUCCCCCGGAGAAGGCUCCCACCGCCGCCGCGGCCGCUGCAGAAGCUCUCGCCACCGCUGUGAGAAAGUCCGCGAUAGCGGCGGAGG